CUUCUUCUGAGAGUCUGAGACUGAGGUUCUGAGUAGUCUGAACUCUGAGUGAGUACAUAAAAAAUAAAAUAAAAUCUCAGAUUCUGUUGAAGGGGUCGUGGAGAUUAGGAAAAUUGCGUGUUGUUGAAAGCAAGACAAUAGAUCUAUGGUAUCUUGUACACGACUUGAUUUCAUUGUUAUCCUUAUUAUGUUAAUUUUAUGAAUGAUCUGGACAUGUCUGGACUGUGUAUCAUUAGUUCAUUCCUUCUGUAUUUUAUGAUUUUUAUGACAACAUCCAAGUUGUGAGACACCAUAUAAGGCUAUUACCUCGGCUAUUCCAAACAUUUCAAGGAAAUGUCCCUUGAAACUGUUUAUAAGUUUACUUUUUAUAUUAUUUAAACAGUGCUGCUAUUUAUAUUUUUCCAAUGCUAUUUUUGAAUACAUGAGUUUUAAUUCAGCAAAUCAUAUUCACAUUGGAAAGCCCAUGGAGCUGAGGUGAACAUUUGCAUAUUGAAUUAGUUUUCCUUUCCUGACAAUGGCUUCUAUCACAAAGAGAUCAUGGAAAUUCCAGGACUUCAUGGCUCACAGUGCCAAUGUGAACUGUCUUUCCCUCGGCCACAAGUCAGGAAGAGUAAUGGUUACUGGGGGUGAUGAUAAGAAGGUGAACCUGUGGGCAAUUGGAAAGCAGAGUUGUUUUAUGAGUUUGAGUGGCCAUACAACACCUGUAGAUUGUGUGCAGUUCAAUCAGUUGGAAGAAUUAGUGUGUGCUGGUUCAAGAGCUGGUGCUUUGAAAGUGUGGGACUUGGAAGCUGCCAAAUUAGUCCGAACUCUGAAUGGACAUAAGUAUGCUAUCAAAUGCAUUGAUUUUCAUCCUUAUGGAGACUUUCUUGUGUCUGGCAGUGCUGAUAGUUCCAUCAAAAUGUGGGACACCAGGAAAAAAGGUGUUCUUUUCACCUAUAAUGGUCAUAAAGGUACAGUGAAUAGUGUAAAAUUCAGUCCUGAUGGCCAGUGGAUUGCUACUGGUGGUGAAGACUCAAGCCUGAAAAUUUGGGACCUAAGAGUUGGGAGAGUAUUGAAAGAUUUUCAAGAACAUAUAAACCCUGUAACAUGUGUGGAAUUUCAUCCACAUGAGUUUUUGUUAGCAAGUGGAAGCAUAGAUAGAUCAGUUAACUUUUAUGACUUGGAAAAUUUCAAUUUAGUGUCUACUGAACCUGAAAUAGGAGCAGUAAGAUGUUUGUGCUUCAAUCCAGAUGGAGAGUGUAUGUUCACUGGUACAAGAGACUACUUGAAGGUUGUUGGAUGGGAGCCAAACAGACUCUAUGAUUCCAUACCAGUUUACUGGGGGAGAGUUAGUGAUAUUUCAACAGCUACUAAUCAAUUGAUUGGUGCCUCCUUUCACCUCACCAACGUCCAAGUCUACGUUGUGGAUUUGAAAAAGUGCAAGCCUCUUGGUACAUUUGUGUUAGAUUCCGGCGCCAACCCAUUUACGCCCAAUCAAAGUAUUAGGAAAAGUUUCUCCAAAGCAGACCGGCCUCUUAGCUUAAACAGUCGUAUGCUAGACGUGAAGACUAUUGAAGAAAGCACCUCUGGUACAGACCCUGAAGAGGAGUCAACCGCCGAUAUAACCAACAUCAAAGAUUACAAAGAAAUUUUCAGGGGAAAAGGGCAUCCCUCAGAACCUCAAGUCCUUGGAAAUCUGAUUAGUGACAGUUUUGAAGCUCUCUCUCUUGACAAUAAUAUCAACAAUUACAAGAAUUCACCUCCACGACUCACUACCAGCCAUUAUGAGAGGUCAAAAUCUAAUUUGGAUCAGGUAUAUAACAGUCGGCAACAAAAUAGAGAAAAUAUUCUGCCAGAGAUGAACAAAACGAAAACAACUGUCAAAUUUGUUGGACUACAGAGGCAGAGUAGUUGUAAAGAUGUUCCUGAAAAAGCACCUAAAGCGAGCAAUAUUAGACAUAGUGUGUCCGAAGUUAAUAUAAACAAAGGUUUGCUUUCCUCAAGAAAUUCUUCAAGGAAAAAUUCCUUUUCAAAGCCUAGUCGAAACUCAAGUGUACCUAAUGUAUCGAAAAUAACGAAUUCAAAUAGUGCCAAGAUAAUUGAAAAAAGUUCUAUCAAACCAACGUUUACUCCAGUGGACAUAUAUGUCAACUCCAGAAUAUCUCCAGAAGAACGGCAUGAAGAAGAAGAUGAAGAUUUUAUACCCAUUGCUAUUGACAGGCCUGUGGGAUUAGAUCUGGACGAUUUUCUUCCGAAAAACCACAACACACUGGGGCUCCAGCAGCAACUACCGGACAUGUCAGAAGCAGAAGUAUUAGGCAUAGUGAUGAGAGGCCAUGAACCAAUGAUGGGUAUACUGAGCACCCGCCAAAGAAGUAUGAAAGUGGUCUUAGCACAAUAUCGUAGUAAAGAUAUGAAAGCUGCCAUUGAAACUGCCUUGGCUAUGGAUGAUAUAGCCAUUCUUGUUGAUAUUUUAUGUGUAAUUAAUAAUAAAUACUCAUUAUGGAACCUAGAUUUGUGUGUUUUGCUACUACCGAAAAUUUUGGACUUAUUGCAGAGUAAAUAUGAAAUUUAUCUGAUGGUAGGAUGCAACACUCUGAAGCUGGUUCUCAAACACUUUGGACCAGUAAUAAGAAAUAACAUACAAGCGCCGAUCGGAAGUUUCGGAGUGGACAUCCCUCGAGAGGAGCGGUACCAGAAAUCUCUCAAGUGCCAGGACAUGCUCAGCCACAUCAGAUCGUUUAUCGUGAAAAAGCAAACUCUGCCUGGCAUCGGUACUUCCUUCAAGGAAGUGUAUACACUAAUGCAAAAUUUCCUCGACUGACGGCCGCCCAAACUAGGUUUGCUCAAAUUUAAGAAUGCUAGCCUUUGAAAUGGAAUAUUAGAUAAUAGCGGUAUUAGAAUUCGACAUUUUAUAAUUGGUGACGCUUUAAUGGAAAAUAUUUAUUAUUCCAGAUUUUUUUGGGAUUUUCUCCUCGUCUCUAUUAAAUAAAAAUAUGAAUACUGUUUCAAUAUACUUGUAGUGAGGACAAAUCAGAGGAUUUGCCCCAAAAUGUCACUGCGUUUAAAGAAUUUUCCUUUCAAAUUCACUAG